UCUCCCCUCAUCUCCUCCCAUCUCUUCUUGAUGUUAGCCAAGUUACCCAGCUAGCUUACAUCGGUUCCCUCAUUGGCAUCAUGCCUCCGUUAUUGAGUCAUCUCUAUGACGACGGCUGCCACUAUGAGUAUAACUAGGACAACUACAAUAACAACGACUACGGCGAAUGCAGCGAGUACAGCGACUACAACAACUACGACAACCACGACAAUAACUGCAAAUGUGGUCGGUAUCACCAACACAGUCCUUUACGGCAUACUCCUACAACAUAGUCUAACAACUACAUAACUACACUUUGGCUAAUACUUGCUAUAGGGCAUCAUCUUAUGACGACUACGACGAUGGCUACGACUACAGCUGCCAUAUAAACAUCAUGCUCCGAUUACGACUACGACUACAGUUACUACAGUUACUACGGAUCAACUUACAACUACACCUAUUCAGACAGCUACCUAACUAAAGCUAUAGCUACCGCUAUGUCGAUUACUAUCACAGCAACUGUCAACCAGAUAUACAAAUAGCAAAGAUAGGAAUGGCAGGCAAGAUGGCAAUAAAUAGCUGGUAAGUUGAAUGCUGAAGGAUUUGCAAAAUUGAUGGGAGGAAGAAGGAAGAAAGGAAAGGAGAAGGGAAGGGGGCGGACCGGGUACUAUUUAUAAGGGAAACAAAGGAAGGGACGGGGACGGGGGAAGCGGAGAUGACAGAAGAAAUGACGAUGUAAGCAACGACGAUGAUGAAAUAGUAACAGAA